AUGGCGUUAUUAACUCUGUCCAAUAGUGUCUUUGGCUCUAUAAUAAAGUCGUUUAUAUUGUUACCACUUCUUGCCAUUCUUCUUGGCUUGGCUUAUGCAUUUUGCAUUACGAUCUAUAAUCUCUUUUUUCAUCCUCUUCGUGAAUACCCUGGACCAUGGCUCUGGGCAGCCUCAGACAUUCCAUAUUCUUUGGUAUCAAUAAGUGGCAACGCCCAUAAGAUAAUGCUUCAAAUUCACAUCAAAUAUGGACCAGUCGUGCGUGUUGGUCCCAACACAGUGUUUUACAGUCAUCCAGAUGCCUCCAAAGAAAUUCGUGGUCACCGUAAAGGCAAUCGGGUAGAGCAUCUGAAAGAUCCCCAUCUACACUCUGGUAAUCAAAGCAAUGCUAUCGGUGCAAGCCGAGAGAAUCACGUUCGGUACAGACGCAGCUUGGCUUAUGGAUUUUCGCACCAGGCCAUGCUUGAUCAAGAGCCAAUCAUCAAUAAGUACGUUGAUACGUUAUUAACGGAGCUUAAAACGCAGUGCGCAAACCAAGAAAAAGUCGAUGUUGUCAGGUGGUACAAUUAUACAACAUUUGAUAUCAUUGGGGAUUUGGCUUUCGGUGAACCCUUCUACUGUCUCGAGAAAUCAGAUUAUCAUCCAUGGGUCGCACUUAUCUUUUCUGGCGUUAAGAAUUUGUCAUUUAUAUCGGUGUGCUCGAAAUACGGAACGCUUGGUAUGAUACUGGCAUUACUUUUUGUUCCGAAAGAUUUACCAGCAAAAGGUAGAGAACAUCGAAGGUUAUCUGUUGAAAAAACGCGUAGGAGACUCGACUCGGGAUCAAGCCGACCGGAUUUUAUGACAGCAUUGACGACGACUCGAGGGUCUACAGAAGAAUUAACAUUCGAAGAGUUAGUAUCAAACGCUAGCCUGCUUAUCGCUGCUGGUUCAGAGACAACUGCCACGGCCUUGUCGGCAACAACCUACUAUCUUGGGCUCUAUCCAGAAACCUUUCGGAAGCUGGCUGAUGAAAUUCGUUCAUCGUUUCGGUCGGAGAAGGAUAUAAAACUAACUAGCGUUCAGCACCUCAAUUAUUUGAAAGCCGUGAUUGACGAGGCGAUGAGGUUAUUUCCCGCGGCGCCUGGCACGCAGCCUCGCAUUAUUUCGCCUGGUGGCGACGUAAUUGUUGGCAGAUACGUCCCAGCCGGUACUAUCGUUGGAGUAUGGCAAUGGGUGAAUCAUCAUAAUCCCGCGCAUUUUUGUGACGCCGAAUCUUUUAUUCCGGAACGAUGGUUUGGCGAUGCACGCUUCGAAAACGACAAAAGAGACGCGUUUAUGCCAUUUUCUGUUGGCCCGCGAAACUGUAUUGGACACAACCUUGCGUACGCAGAGAUGAGAUUGAUUCUUGCAAAAGUCGUUUGGAAUUUUGAUAUAGACCUGGCAGAAGAGAGCAUUGGAUGGGAUGUAAAAAGUAAAGUCUACAUGUUGUGGGAGAAAGGUCCCAUAUAUGUGCAACUUACAAAGCGAAAGGGGAUUUAA